GUUGUGAGCCAUGCCUUUGGUGAAAAGGAACAUCGAGCCGCGGCACCUGUGCCGAGGGGCCCUGCCCGAGGGAAUCACCAGCGAGCUGGAAUGUGUGACCAACAGCACCCUGGCUGCCAUCAUACGCCAACUCAGCAGCCUCAGCAAACAUGCCGAAGACAUAUUUGGUGAGUUGUUUAAUGAGGCCAACAGCUUUUACAUCAGAGCAAAUUCUCUUCAAGACAGAAUUGAUCGCCUUGCUGUCAAAGUUACCCAGCUGGAUUCAACAGUAGAAGAGGUAUCGUUGCAAGAUAUCAACAUGAAAAAAGCAUUUAAGAGUUCUACAAUUCAAGAUCAGCAGGUGGUUUCAAAGAACAGUAUUCCUAAUCCAGUGGCUGAUAUUUAUAAUCAGAGUGACAAACCACCUCCUCUGAAUAUUCUUUCACCUUAUAGGGAUGAUAAGAAAGAUGGAUUGAAGUUCUAUACUGAUCCCUCCUAUUUUUUUGAUCUUUGGAAAGAAAAAAUGUUACAAGAUACUGAAGAUAAGCGAAAAGAGAAGAGGAGGCAGAAGGAGCAAAAACGUAUAGAUGGCACCACUCGUGAGGUGAAAAAGGUUAGAAAAGCCAGGAACAGACGCCAGGAGUGGAAUAUGAUGGCAUAUGACAAAGAGCUUAGACCUGACAACAGGUUGUCUCAGAGUGUGUACCACGGAGCAUCUUCCGAGGGAUCCCUGUCCCCAGAUACUAGGUCCCAUGCAUCUGAUGUUACAGAUUAUUCGUAUCCUGCCACUCCGAAUCAUUCCCUCCAUCAGCAGAUGGCCCUGCCUUCCUAUGGAGCAGGAGAUGGUCCUCAGUACGUGGCAGCAGCGCAGAGCCAUGAGCACGAGUACAGAGCAGCCUCCAGCACGGCGCGACACGCGACCCUGAACAGACCUCAGCAGCCACCUCCACCUCCACCGCAGCCUCCCGACGCGCAGCACGGCCCGGUGCCCGUGGUGCCAGCAGAAUAUGGGAUGCUUCCAGCUCAGAUGGUGGAUUAUUACAGUCCUGCAGGUCCUCCUCCUCCUCCUCCUCCCCCGAUGAUUCCCUCGGCACAAACUGCUUUCGUUAGUCCCCUCCAGCUCCCCGGGCCACCUUCCCACCCUGGACUGGUGCCUGGCUCCACAUACACCGCUCCUCAUCCUCCUCCUCCUGGCGGGCUUGUUGUCACAGCUCCUCCUCCCCCGGGCCCUCCUCCUCCUCCUCCAGGCCCCCCUGCUGCAGCUUCAUCCCUCUCUUCCUCCCCACUGCACGUUGGUGCCGAGGGGAAGCGACACGAGCCCGCGCAGCCGCCGAUCAGCGACGCACGGAGCGAUCUCCUUGCUGCCAUUCGUAUGGGAAUUCAGCUCAAAAAGGUGCAGGAGCAACGCGAGCAAGAAGCGAAGCGCGAACCCGUAGGAAACGACGUGGCCACCAUCCUGUCGCGGCGCAUCGCCGUGGAGUACAGCGAUUCCGACGACGACUCCGAGUUCGAUGAGAACGACUGGUCAGACUGA